AUGGGGUCAUUUUGGUCUCUAUUCAGGGGUGUCAAUGGUAUUUUACAAAUCCUACAGGUUAAGAGUUCACUCGACCGUGAGGUAAUGGUAGAUACUAGAUAA